AGAUACUGAGCCUCUUCAGCCUUAAAAUGAGUAGACCAUGGAUUUAGCACUUCCUGCUCCACGGUCCCUACCAUUGUGGCGACCAUGUGACUACUCCAAUCGGCAGAGAUCAAAGCGGCAUGGACCUCGCCCGUACAGACUCUUCGGAGGUGCUUGUGUUGGGAUCCUGGGAUGCAGACGUCGAUAUGCUGCAGGCUUGGUGCAGCGAUAUGUUGCAGCUGCUGCAACCGAAGCUCAAGAAUGCGAGGUGCUAGAGCUGGUGAACACGGACCUUUGCGAAGGCGUCUCUCGUGCAGAGCAGCUGGAGGCAGCUCAUGAAGCCGAGUUCCAACCUCCUUCUGAAUUGGAUUUGGUUCUCAGAGCUGUGCGCUAUUAUACAGAGUGUUCUGGGCUAUUGCUCAGUUAUGUCCCAGUCUAUGUGCAAGGAUAUUUUAGUGGACACGAAGGCACACUGGAGACACAAUGGCAAGAGAGGCACAAGGCAGGUGCGACCGCGAUCAGAAACCUCAUCAAUGAGCUUAAAGGAUUCUAUGUGAAAGUGGGGCAGGUGAUUGCAACACGCAGCGAUUUGUUCCCGCAAGAGUAUUCUCGCCAAUGUGCCUCUAUGAUUGACUCUGUCAACCCCUUGCCCUUUCCAGUGGUACGAAAAGUGGUGGAAGAUGAGCUGUUGGGCGGUUUGCCUUUGGAAGAGGUCUUCGAAUUCUUUGAGGAAGAGCCUUUGGGAAGUGCCUCCAUUGCUCAAGUUCACCGAGCAAAGCUGCAGACAGGUCGGGAGGUGGCUGUGAAGG